UGUAAUGGAGAUUGUUCUUGCUUGGUUAAAAAACACAUUUUUACAUCAACUGCGACAAAACCCUUUGGAUCUGACCCAUCCAAAUUUUUUGUUUUCAUGAAUUGAAUCUUGCUAGCACACAGCAACAACUAUGCCAGAACAAACACACAGCGAUGAGAGAGAAAGAGAGAGUAGUGUAGUGGAGCACUCGCAUACACACACAACACGUAGUGGGCACUUUUUACAGUGUAAAAUUCGAAGCUUGCAUUGUGUACACACUCCUUCUCUAGCAAGUUUUGAGAGUUUAAAGUGAAUUACUGAGCCCACCUACCAAAUUCCCACUUCUCUCUCUCUCUCUCUAAAGACUCAUCUGUUGAUGCUAUUGACCACUGCCCUUGAGAAGCUGGCCAUUGCUUUACUCUUGUCACUUUCAUUUUUCUUGCUCAUAUUAAAUACCACGCUACAUUGUCGCAUCAGCCUCUUUAUUGCAGUUUUUCUUGAUUCUUGGGCAAAGAAAAGGGGUUCAGUUCUUUCUCUCAUUUAUAAAUAAUCGAGGGUUUAUUUUAAUUUUGUGGGCUUAUUGCUGUCACGAUGCUGCAAUUAGACUUCUGCUCGACUCAAUGAUAGUAGUAUCAUUCUCACUUCUUGAGAUGUAGGCCCCUUUCACUCUCAUGCAAAUGUAGAGCACUUUCUUGAUUUCUUUCACUUUUUCUUUGGGGUUAGUUGAAAAGUAGGAGUUGGAAUUGUUUAUUGGUUGUCAAUUCAAGUUGUUGGAAUGACUGCAAUUUCUGCUAUAAUGUGCUGUGCUUUUAGUUUUAAAUUUCAUUACCUGUUGCUCACAUUCUUGAUUUUUUUGCCAUUUUUUUAGUGAAAGCUGUGAUCUUGCUCAUUCCCAUCUCUCAAUUUUCUACAUUCAUACUUGGGCUGUCAUCAUAGUUUCAACACCAAUAAUGCAGCUCAUUUAUUUUGUGUUAUUACUUCUAGUAGACUUAGCAGUAGGAGAAUCAGAGGUUGAUGCACUUUUAGAACUCAAAAAGGGAAUUCAGACAGAAACCUUAACAAAAGAUUUUGUUUCUUGGGAUUCCAACUCAUUGGAAUCAGAUGGUUGCCCCAAGAACUGGUAUGGCAUCACCUGUAGCAAUGGCCAUGUCACUUCAAUAUCACUCAAUCAAUUAGGCCUAGCCGGAGAAUUCAGUUUUCCGGCCAUUUCCCGUCUCCAAAUGCUCCAAAACUUAUCACUAUCCAACAAUCACUUCACCGGCACUCUAACAAGAGAUAUUGGUGUGCUCGAAUCCCUACAGAAUUUGGAUCUUUCCAGCAAUCUGUUUGCUGGUUCAGUCCCUCAUCAGUUGACAAGUUUAACUAACUUGGCACUUGUUAAUAUCUCAUUGAACAGAAUGGGAGGGGAAAUCCCCUCUGGUUUUGCUAAUCUGAGGCAGCUCAAGUACUUAGAUUUCCAUUCAAAUGGCUUUGUGGGAGAUGUGAUGAGCCUUUUGGGCCAGUUAGGAGGUGUGGUGUAUGUUGAUCUCAGCUGCAACAGUUUCUCGGGGCCGUUGGAUUUGGGAACUGCUGAUCCCGAUUUUAUGUCAUCGGUUAGCCACCUGAAUGUUAGUUCUAAUAACUUGACAGGGGAGCUGUUCUUCCCUCAUGAUGGGAUACCAUACUUGGACAGCCUAGAGGUUUUUGAUGCCAGUGAUAAUAAUCAUAUAACCGGAAAUGUACCUUCUUUCAGCCUUGUAGUCUCCCUCCGAGUUCUCAAACUUCGAGGCAACCAGUUGUCGGGAUCAUUGCCUGAGGGCCUCUUGCAAGAGAGCUCAAUGGUCUUGUCUGAGUUGGACCUUAGCCAUAAUCAGCUUGAAGGUCCUAUUGAUAGUAUAAGUUCUCUGAAUCUGAGAUAUCUAAACCUAUCCUCUAAUAGGCUUUCUGGCCCCCUGCCUUUGAGGAUAGCACAUUGUGCUAUCAUAGAUCUCAGUAACAAUAUGUUCUCGGGUAACUUCUCAAGAGUUGAGAGCUGGGGAAACUAUGUCGAAGUUAUAGACUUAAGCUCCAAUCACCUCACCGGUGCCUUUCCAGAUCAAACGUCUCAGUUCUUGAGGCUCACUUCAUUCAGAAUUUCCAACAACUCAUUAGAAGGUGUUCUUCCACCCGUACUCGCCACAUAUCCAGAGCUGCGAGUGGUUGAUUUUAGCCUCAACACGUUGAGUGGUUCUCUUCCUAGCUUGUUUAACUCCACCAAACUGGUUGACAUCAACCUGUCCUGGAACAAUUUUUCUGGGACGGUACCUACAGAUGCACUGACCCCACAAAAUUACAGUCUGCUAUCUCUCAAUCUGUCUCAUAAUUCUUUCACCGGCCAACUUCCCCCUGAGUUGGCCAGGUUCCGUAGCAUGGUGUGUCUUGAUCUGUCUAACAACCUUCUUGAAGGCGGCAUCCCUGAUGACCUUCCUGACACAAUGACAGUAUUUAAUGUGUCUUACAAUAAUCUUUCUGGAGUUGUUCCGCAAAGCUUGCAGAGAUUCCCAUCUUCGUCGUUCCAUCCUGGAAAUGGGUUGCUCGUUCUCCCCGAUGAGGCUAGUUCGUCACCAAAAGGUGGCGACAGCCUAAGUGUGAGGGGCCAUGGUUCUCGCAUGAAAUCUGCUAUCAGAGCUGCUCUUAUUGCCGGCCUUGUAGGUGGUGCGUUGGUGAUAGCCAUACUAACUCUGCUAAUUUAUUGGAGAGUUCGUCGGGAAGGAAAUAAGAUGGCCUCAACAGAUACCGGAGGGAAGAAAGUGUUAUCCUCUGCUGCGAUAGAGUCGGGCACUCAACAGCGGGGCGACUUAUCAGCUCUGCAGCAAGGCUUGAAGAAUCUUGACAAUCCAGAAUCAACAAGGAAGAAAACUGAAGUGGUAGCUUCUCCUGCAUCAAUGGCAUCAUCUGGUAACACGUCCCAAUCCGAGCUUCCAAGUGCACUGAAGGUUUGUUCACCGGAGAAACUGGCAGGAGACCUCCAACUUUUCGACAGCUCCUUAAAGUUCAGCCCUGAGGAACUAUCAUCCGCGCCCGCAGAGCCUGUAGGAAUGAGCUGCCACGGAACACUCUACAAGGCCGUGCUUUCCUCAGGCCAUGUGUUGGCAGUGAAACUGCUAAAAGAAGGAAUAGCGAAAGGAAGAAAAGAGUUUGCUCGAGAAGCGAAGAAGCUUGGCAAUAUACGGCAUCCAAAUUUGGUUUCUCUGCAGGGAUUCUACUGGGGUCCCAAGGAGCAUGAGAAGCUGAUCAUAUCCAACUACAUUGAUGCUCCUUGUUUGGCACUCUAUCUUCACGGAACAAAUCCCCAAACGCUCCCUCCUCUGUCUCUAGACGAGAGGCUGAAGAUUGCGCUCAAUGUGGCGUGCUGCCUCACUCACCUCCACACAGAGAGUGCCAUACCUCAUGGCAACCUGAAAUCCACCAACAUCCUGAUCGAACUUCCCAAUAAAAGUGCUCUAUUGACAGACUACAGCCUGCACCGGCUGCUGACAGCAGCGGGCACAGCUGAACAGGUGCUGAACGCGGGCGCUCUAGGCUACCUGCCGCCUGAAUUCACUAGCACGAGCAAACCUUGCCCGUCAAUGAAGAGUGAUGUGUAUGCUUUCGGGGUUAUUCUGCUGGAGCUCUUGACUGGGAGAAGCUCUGCUGACAUUAUUCCUGGCAACCCUGAAGUGGUUGAUCUAGCAGAAUGGGUGAGCUUCAUGGCUGUAGAGAAUCGGGCUGUUGAAUGCUUCGACUCACAGAUUUUGGGUGCGGAGAGUGCAGGGAGUCCACUUCCGAAGAGUCUCGAUGACAUGCUUCAUGUUGCUCUGAAAUGCACCCUUCCUGCUGCUGAACGGCCCGACAUGAAGAUGGUUUUCGAAGAGCUUUCUUCGAUGGCGGUGUCCUAGCCUCUGGGAGAUUAUUUUGGAGUUACGAGUUAGGGAAUUGAGAGUAAUCAUUGUGCAGCUGAAAUCCAUUUUUCAGUUGGCCUGAAGAGCACAUAAUUCAGAUUAGCCUUGAAGAGAGAUCAAUUUAUUCUUGUACAUUGUUUCUUCACCAUUCUUUCAGAGUCCUAAUCACAUUGCAGUUUGCUUAUGCUGUGGGGAGAGAGAGAGACAGAGAGAGGAAUGUAUAUGACGAUGAAGGGUACUUGUGCAGGAUCUAUUUUUUUUAAUUUGUGAAAAUAAGUUUAGCCUGUCUUAGUUAAAUA